AAGGACACGCGUCUUUGCGUGGUAAUGAUGGUGUCGAAGGCAUUUCGGCUCCAGCUUGUUACCGUAUGGUGUCUUGAUGUCGCACAAUCUUUUGUUGUUGAUGUUUGUUUUCACCUGGAGUAGAGAUGCGCAAGCGCAGGUUACAGGUGGGAGCGCCACCGUGAAGCUCGGAGAUCCCGCCGUCUUACCCUGCAGGCUUACACGGACAUUAGGGACAGGGGAGUAUGUUGAACAGAUUUCAUGGCAGAGAAGGACCAAAGGAAUACCUCGGUUGGACAAUUUCCUGACCAUCCAAGAGGGUGAUAAAGCUAAGUUUGUUAAUGGGGAGGAUAAGAGAUUUCGGUUUAUUGGAAAAUUUGCCGACCAAAACGGGACUCUCCAGCUUUUUAACGUAAACCUGCAGGAUGAAGGAACUUACAGCUGCAUUUUCUCCAGUUUUCCCUUUGGAAGUUCCAAGGCGGAUAUACCUUUAACUGUUCUUGUACAUCCAAAAGCAAGUGUAAACGACUCCCACCCCAGACUUGGAGAUGAAGAGGUUUCUCUUGCGACGUGCACUGCUGCUGACUCCAAGCCUCCUGCUGAGGUGGUGUGGUACACCGGUGCUCUCAAAGUUAAAGUGGCAACAAAUUCAACUCUCCAUGUCAACGGUACAACGACCACAGUCAGCACACUGCUUGGAAAACCCAGUAAAAAAAUCCACAGGAGUCCGGUCCAUUGUGUCAUCUCCUUCAUGGAACAAAACCAAACCAUACCCUUCGACGUACAGGUCUACUAUCCACCUCUGGAGGUGAAGCUUCAAGAAGGAUCAAUGAAGGACCAGAGCAUUACCUGUGAGGCUGAUGCCAACCCGAACGCAACAGUUACCUGGACCAGAUCAGGCACACCUCUGCCUUCAUCCGUCACAGCGCUGGGGGGCACGCUGAUGUUUAAAGGAAAGUCCUCUGAUCUGGCUGGCUUCUACACCUGCGUGGCAAAUAACACAUAUGGAAGCAAACAAAAUACCCUCUAUGUACAUUUCGACUCAGCAGCCUGCAUAGAUGGCUGGAUCGCUUUUAUUCUUCUUCUUCUGGUCUUGAUUGUGGGAAUCGGUGUGUUUCUGUACAAAAAAGGAUCGAUACAACUUCCGAGUUGUAUGAGGUCAAGCAGAGAAGAAGUACAAACGUCAUCACCGAGAGAAGGCGCAGUUGAUUUCCCUCUAAGUCCCGCUGAGUCUGUCUAAAAAGGGGAAGGGGCAGAGUUUACCUUUGACACAUAAACCUGACCCUGUUUGACUGAGGCCGGAGCAACAGAGAUGACAAGCUCUUCCUGUUUGUGUUAGGUUUCCAUCGUUGCCAUGAGGAUGAUUUGUGUUUACCUAAUUCCUAAUUCUUCCACCAGAGGGUGCCUGCCUCUAACUGGCAAUAGGGGGUUUUCACUGACGUCACUGGCCAACUUCCGGUCCGCCAUAUUGGGUGGUUCACUUCCUUAUCUCUAGUUGUCGUACACGUAUUAUCGU